CGUCAGCAGUUGCUGGCUAGCCCGGGAGGCCGAGAAGGCUGUCGUUGCUUCGGCCGUCGCAUCCCCGAGGGAGUCGUGUUGGCUUGCCCCCGGCCCCCAAGCUCGCCGAUCGCGCCAGAGGCUCGUGUGUGCGCUCCCGACCUCGCCAGCCCUUCUCCGCCUGCCCGAGGACCGUGCCUUCUGCAUCAUGUGCGGUAUAUUUGCUUACUUAAACUACCAUGUUCCUCGCACAAGACGAGAAAUCUUGGAGACACUAAUCAAAGGCCUUCAGAGACUGGAGUACAGAGGAUAUGAUUCUGCUGGUGUGGGAGUUGAUGGAGGCAAUGACAAGGAUUGGGAAGCCAAUGCCUGCAAGAUCCAGCUCAUUAAGAAGAAAGGGAAAGUUAAGGCACUGGAUGAAGAAGUUCACAAACAACAGGAUAUGGAUUUGGAUAUAGAAUUUGAUGUACACCUUGGAAUAGCUCAUACCCGUUGGGCAACGCAUGGAGAACCCAAUCCUGUCAAUAGUCAUCCCCAGCGCUCUGAUAAAAAUAAUGAAUUUAUUGUUAUUCACAAUGGAAUUAUCACCAACUACAAAGACUUGAAAAAGUUUUUGGAAAGCAAAGGCUAUGACUUUGAAUCUGAAACAGACACAGAGACAAUUGCCAAGCUUGUUAAGUACAUGUAUGACAAUCGGGAAAGUCAAGACAUCAGUUUUACUACCUUGGUGGAGAGAGUUAUCCAACAAUUGGAAGGUGCUUUUGCACUGGUAUUUAAAAGUGUUCAUUUUCCUGGCCAAGCAGUUGGCACAAGACGAGGUAGCCCUCUUUUGAUUGGUGUACGAAGUGAACAUAAACUCUCUACUGAUCACAUUCCAAUACUCUACAGAACAGGGAAGGACAAGAAAGGAAGCUGCAAUCUGUCUCGUGUGGACAGCACAACUUGCCUUUUCCCUGUGGAAGAAAAAGCGGUGGAGUAUUACUUUGCUUCUGAUGCGAGUGCCGUCAUAGAACAUACGAAUCGCGUCAUUUUUCUCGAAGAUGAUGAUGUUGCAGCGGUGGUGGACGGCCGUCUUUCUAUCCAUCGGAUCAAACGAACUGCAGGAGAUCACCCUGGACGAGCUGUGCAGACCCUCCAGAUGGAGCUCCAGCAGAUCAUGAAGGGCAACUUCAGUUCAUUUAUGCAGAAGGAAAUUUUUGAGCAGCCAGAGUCGGUUGUGAACACGAUGAGAGGAAGAGUCAACUUCGAUGACUAUACUGUGAAUUUGGGCGGUUUGAAGGAUCACAUUAAGGAGAUCCAGAGGUGCCGGCGUUUGAUCCUCAUUGCCUGUGGGACAAGUUACCAUGCUGGUGUAGCAACACGUCAAGUUCUUGAAGAGCUGACCGAGCUGCCUGUUAUGGUGGAGCUUGCCAGUGAUUUCCUGGAUAGAAACACGCCAGUUUUUCGAGAUGAUGUUUGCUUUUUCAUUAGUCAAUCAGGUGAGACGGCAGACACCCUGAUGGGUCUUCGGUACUGUAAGGAGAGAGGAGCUCUCACCGUGGGGAUCACGAACACCGUGGGCAGUUCCAUAUCGAGGGAGACAGACUGUGGCGUCCACAUUAAUGCCGGGCCUGAGAUUGGUGUGGCCAGCACGAAGGCUUACACCAGCCAGUUUGUAUCCCUCGUCAUGUUUGCCCUCAUGAUGUGUGAUGACAGGAUCUCCAUGCAAGAGAGACGCAAAGAGAUCAUGCUUGGAUUGAAGCGGCUGCCUGAUUUGAUUAAGGAAGUCCUGAGCAUGGACGAUGAAAUUCAGAAACUGGCAACAGAACUUUAUCAUCAGAAGUCAGUCUUGAUAAUGGGCCGUGGCUAUCAUUAUGCUACUUGUCUUGAAGGGGCUCUGAAAAUCAAAGAAAUCACUUACAUGCACUCUGAAGGUAUCCUUGCUGGUGAAUUGAAACAUGGCCCUCUGGCUUUGGUGGAUAAGCUGAUGCCUGUCAUCAUGAUUAUCAUGAGAGAUCACACUUACGCCAAGUGUCAGAAUGCUUUUCAGCAGGUGGUGGCCAGGCAGGGACGCCCAGUUGUGAUUUGUGAUAAGGAAGAUACCGAGACCAUUAAGAACACAAACAGAACAAUCAAAGUGCCCCACUCAGUGGACUGCUUGCAAGGCAUUCUCAGUGUGAUCCCCUUACAGCUGCUGGCUUUCCACCUUGCUGUGCUGAGAGGCUAUGAUGUUGAUUUUCCCCGGAAUCUUGCCAAAUCUGUAACUGUAGAAUAAGGAGCAUCUGCACCUCUGGGCGAUUGAGCGACACAAGACACCUUUUGUAUUUAACACCUUGAUUUAAAAAUCACCCUUUGAAGCCUUUUUUUAGUAAAUCCUUAUUUAUAUAUCGGUUAUAAUUAUUCCACUCAAUUUGUGAUUUUUGUGAAAUUACCUCAUAUUUUUCCAGUAAUUUGUGGGGGAGUUUAAAUAAUGGAAUUUAUAUUGGAAUCGUUAUCACAAAGAGAUUUAGCUCUCAUUUUCUUUAAAGGAUGCUGGGUGUUGGAUUUCUGGGCCCUUCACUUCAAUCUGGGAAGAUUGUGUGUUUUUAGAGUAAUUGGCCUUUGUUUUACCGUGCUUCUAUUCAUUCAGCUCAAAGAAAGUGUAGUACAUUUAAUUGGAAUAUCUAAAGCCAGUGGCAAUGUAUGCUAAUGCUUGGACAUAUAAUUAAGGUUUUGUUAAGUUUACGUUAUAAAGAGAAGAUGCUGUGAUUUGUUUUGAAAUUUGUUUGUGUUUUGUUUUUAAAUCAAACUGUAGAACUUAAAAACUGAAAGCUUUUCUUGGUGGGAUUUCUGUGUAAGUUAGGUUAUCCCGAGCGUCUCAGACCUGUUGCUUGUUAUCUGGAGGUCGAGUUACCGUGGGAAGCUAGAGUAUGGUAGUACAUUGGUUUUCUUCAUUCUUAACAGCAAGUAUUUGUACAAUUUCAUAGCAGAAACUUUAAAUUUGAGCUGCUUUGGAUAACUGACAACAUGAUUUUUCAUGUAAAGAUGGGGGACCUCCAGGUGGGGCGUCAUACUCCUAGUUUUUCCAUCUUCUAAAGCUGGUUUUUAUUUCCUUGUAUCUGUAGUUUUUUGGGUUUGUGUGUGUGUGUGUGUGUUUAAUGACUUGUUCUUUGAAAUCACCACACAAAGUUGCUAUCAAACGUCUGAGAUUAAGUCGGUACUGAUAUAUGCAGAAUUCUCUAAUUUUUGUCCCGAGGAAAAAUUUCCUGCAUUGAAUUUUAACUCUUUACUGCCUUGUUGCAUAAAACUAGUACCAUCCUGCCAGUUGGAAGUUCUUUGUAGUUUGGAAGAUUAGCAAGUCUCUUGACUAAUCAUUGACUGUAAAUGUAUAUGCUGAGCUAGGUUUAGAGAAAGCUCUAUGCUUUACACUGAUGCUCGUGAAGGAUUGCUUCAAAUAUAGUAGUGUUCCCUAGGCAUUUUUCUCUAUUGUCUGUGUUCUACCCCUGAAAUCUAUUUAGGAAUGAAGAAGAUACCAAUAAGUAAAGUGACAUCAAGGUGCCUUCAGCUGGUUUACGUCAGAAACGGAAGUUAACAAUUUAGAUUAAAAUAGAGCAGAAUAUUAGUUUGACACCCACAUUUUGUGAGUAGUAAUUUCUUUACGGGGCUUUUUGGCCAAAUCUUGGGGGUUUAUAGGGCAGUGUGUUUGUGUUUUGGUGAAGUCCUUCUGUUUCUAAAGUUUUUGCCUUUAAAUUGUGAAGGUAAGAUAUUUAGCAUAAUUAUUUAAAUUCAGGCUUUUUUCUUUUUCUGUGUUUGAAUUUCUUGAUGAGGUUAAGGUUUUCUAAUAGCUAUUGCUGCAGGGGAACACAGAAUUCUGCUUGUGUAUUAGGGUUAGAAAAAUAUUUUGCAUAUUUUGAGGUACUUUGAAAGGACUGUCCUAGAUGGAGACUAGAAACCUGAUUGUUUUUAGAAAUAAAAUAAGGUUACUAUUUACAUUAUAUAUAUAGCUAUGAUAGCUAUAUUUAUCUAUUUUAAUUGUUUCUGAGAUUAUUUUGUUUAGGCCUGCUAGUUUUAGUAUGUGUAUGGUGUCAUUUCUUAUGUUAAAUUAGCAUUUUAUGUCUGUGAUUUGUAUGGGUUUGUAGUAUUUCUUAAUGGUCUGAAGUUUGAGUCAGCAUUCUAAGUGAACAAAUAUGUGAAAUCAGUCAUUAGUUUUCAAUUUCUCUUUUUCUCCUCCUCUAUGUCUGUCUCUCUCUCUCUUUCUCUCUCUCUCUCUCUCUCACACACACACACACACACACACACACACACACACACACUUCAAGCUAGGAUAAGUUCUGAACUGGUAUCAAAAACCAAUAUUAAAGAACAAAGAAGUGAUAUUUUCCAGAUAAACAUGGUUUCUCCUUCUUGUCCCUUCCUGCUUCUUACUUUAUUUAAUGUAGUGAUUUUUAAAUGUUUUUAUGUAUUAAUUAUGAACACAAAAAAGAUACUGUAACGAGGCAAAUCACUCAAAAGUGGCAUGCCCAGUUAAAACCAAUGUAAUAUUAACAUAUAUGAAUAUCUGAUUUUGCAAGAAAGAUUUUUUUUAUAUAUAAAAAGUUCUUUCUUGUAGUACAUUUAAAGUUUAAAUUCACUCAUAUGUAACUUAGAGUUUCUUAACUCAGCCACGAGCCCUUUUUAGGCUGGGAUCAUGGGUAGCAUCUCACACAUGGCCCAGUAAAUGAUGAUUACUUUGCAGUCAGCCGGCUUUUCUGUCUUUUUUUUUAAAUUCCCUGUGCCAUAGGAGUGUAUGGGAAGAGGAAAAUUAACAUUCACUGUUUUUAAUGGGCUGUAAUUGUGUCAGCAUCCUAUUAUGGGCAGGAACUGGAAAGGACAUCUUGUCUAAAGCAAAGUCUGCUUGUCCCCAGGCAGACUUAUCACCGGUGAAGACUAAGAUCAUUGCAAGGCGCAGGGUGAGGGAGUGGAAAGGGGAGGUGAGCUGGGUUGUUAAAUAAUGGUCCAAGUUGAGGGGCGCAUAAUGUUCAAAAGAGGUAGAAGACGCAUUUUGUAGAGUGAGCUGUUACCGCAGGCCGCGUAGACCGCAAAUCUGUGGUGUGCUGAGGAGUGGCAAAGGUGGGAUGCGCAAGGGAGAAAGAAGCAAGCGUCAGUGCUACUCAGGGCAGUGUGCAGGUGGGUGGGGGGCUAAGAGAGCUAACACAGAUGUUCUCUCUCAGUUUUGUGGAAAGUUGUUUCUAAGAUGAUGGCGUCUUAUUCUUCUGAAUACACGUCUCUUGGCCUAAGCUAAUCAUGAGGACAGGCGGAAAAGGAGCCCUUGUCUUUUAGCUCCUUGGUGAUGUUCAUUUGGCCCUUACGUAUAAUGUCUUCAAAGAAGGAAGACCAGCUGAAAUGUUUGCUUUAACAAACAUUUUAAGAAGUCCUUUGGAGUCAGUGUUUUAUCUGUUUACAAACUUAGGAUAUACUAUAGCAAUAAAAGGGGAAGACUAAUGUUAACUAUUAUAUGUUGACAACUUAAGUGAUUUUUCUAAAAAGCACAAUGACAUUGAAAAGUGUUUGUUGACAAAUCAUAGCUCACAUGGAAUUUGUGAAGGCCAAAGAAAUGAAAGGGGGUGGUAAAGGAAGGUAUUUUAGCCUUAUGUCCACAUAUUUAGUAGGUUUUAUCUACCAGGCUACCAGAUAGAGUGUCUUCUUCAUGAAAACUUACUUCAGAUUACUUUCUUUGUUCUUCGUGUUAGAAUCUCAAGUUUAGAGGAAUUAACACAUCAGUUUUUUCUCAUAAUAUUUAAGGAUUAUUAAUAUAUCAGUAUUUCCCUAGCUUGAUGAAUUUAACCGUAAAUUCAGAUCUAUGACACAACAACCGAUAGAACUGAUAACAUUCGUUUUUAACCAAUAAUUUCCACAGUUAAAAUGAAAAUCGUAGUUGACUAGGAAGAUUAACUUGUAAGUCUGUAAUAGCUUGAUAUCAAUGUUAUGGAAUCUACCAUAAAGAAUAGCUAAUGAGAAUGUUUUAGGUAAUUCUCAAAUUACCUUUCUUAUGGUACUCAGAAUGAAUACAGAAAUGAUCCUGUUAGCUUUUUAAAUGUUCUGUGGUUGACUUUUUGUUUGUUUGAUUUCUUUGUGUCUUUUUCUUUUUUUUUCUUUUCUUUCCUUCUUCUUCUUCUUCUUCUUUUUUUUUUUUUUUUUUUUUUUAAAAAAAAUUUUUGNGUUUGUUUAAAUUGUACUGCUUGUGAGCUGGAGAUUUUAGAAUCUUUGCUUUGUUUCCGUUUUCUCUUCUUUAAGAUAAAUGUGUAGUUUACUGAGCCAUUUGGUCAUUUCUCCCUCACGUCUUGUAAGUCCAAUAACUCUAACCUUGAACUGUGAAUAAAUUACCAAAACUUACUGAGAAUUGCAUUUUGAAGCAAUUUGCCAAUAUUUGAAGUGUGUACAUGUUUGUAGAUGUGUUAAAGAUUGUAUUGCACUAAGAAUGUAGCCAGUGUUUAGCUGUUAGUAAACUUUUCUGAUGCUAGAAGUUAAUUCAUUACUAUUGUUUCUUAAAAGAAGAGAUGAUUGGAUAAAUAUAAUCAAAAGUUUAUGUCUCCACUCUAAUUUGCCAAUUUUUUAGAAAGGAUUAUUAGAUAAAACAAAGGCUCUACUUUUUCUGAUGUCAUACUCCAUAGAUAUUAUACCUUCUCAAGUCUUUUACGAUUUUUUUGUGAGAAUGUGUUGUUUCUAGCAAGUUUCUAGUGUACACAGUGAUCAACAGCUUUGCAUAAGUGAAUUGAUAGUUGCAAAAGAAGGAUAUUUAAGAUGGGUGAGUAGCAAGACAGCAUGUUUUCUAAAGUUUCUGUAGUAUCUGGCAGUCUGUUAAUAAUAGAACAAAGAUUCCUUUUACAGGGUCCUUUUAUAAACAGCAAGCGAAAAUCUCUAUCCCUAGUGCUUACAGCACUCGCAGUGUUCUACAGGAGACAGUUAUGCCAGGGUAGUUGGAGUGAAUAGCUGUGCUGUUUCGCCUUCCCGUAGAACUGAGCCCAGUCUCUCAUCUCUGUCUGUGUUGCUCUGCAGCGAAGCCUGGGGCUGCCACACAGUGUGGAUCAUUUUUUCCAUGGGCCACAUUUUGGCAAAAAAUCCAGCUUUACUUUUAUUAAACAGUUAUCUUUAAAUUCUCCUCAAUUGGCCAGAAGUGUUUACUGAGUACUUACUGAAGGCCAAGAAAUAAUUUCCCUAAAAAUUUAGAGGCCUGUUUUUCAUUGGAGUGGCAUUUAAGAAAAAGAAGUAAGGGUUAAGUUUCUCUCAUUAAUCUGAAGGUAAAUAGUUCUCCAUUUUACAAAAUGAUGUAGGAAAAAAAAAAUGAUGUAGGAACUUUAUUAGCUUAAACGUCCUGGAGCUAUAAACUAAUCUUGUAAUAAUAUGCAGACAGGUUGCCAGGUUACAGGUUAUUUAACCAGCUGAUCCUUUCCCUGGAAGUAUGUGUGUAAUAAGAUAAAUUCAUUAUUCUCUUUUUGGUUAGCAUGUGUACAAGAGAUUAUUUCCGAGAUUGAAAGGCCAAGUUUUUGAACUUUAACAUGAUUUAUUGGCUUAAAUCCCAAGGUUCACAUAUGUUUUCUCAUAUGUAUUUCUCCUAAUGCUGUUAUGUAGCCAUAUUUUCCUUUUCAUAAUUCAAGAGAUUUUUGAAAAUGAAGUAUGGAUGUACAGUUGAAAAUAUGGAAUAAAAAAUGGAGCUUGUAAA